AUGAUAAAUACAUGAAUUUGAAUGGAUUUAGAGGUUAAAGGAGUUGCUGCUUCUCCUGUGAGUCAAAUUCAGCCAUUCUCUGGAAGAAAGAAGCCGCUGCAGCAAGGGUGGACCUCCAAAUCAUGGACAAUCCAGAAUCCUUGCCUACCUGUGGUCCCACGACUUGAUUUGGGAAGCCUUAUUGAUUCUGAUGAUGAGGAUAAAUUUUCAAAUAUUCCACUUAGUACAGCGCAUAUUCAUUUUAACCCACCAAAGUCAUCUUCUGCUCUUCAUUGGAUCACAUUACAUCAAAAACCAUCUUCUCAGCAUCAUCUAAGUGAACUGGAGGAGGAUAUAAUACCUGAAAAUUUGCCAGAAACAACAAACAAAUAUAAGCUAAAAUAUCAGCAAUACAAAACUGAAAUGAAAGAGGGAUAUAAAGAGUAUAGCCAGAGAAAUGCAGAAAAGACAAAAUCAAAUAUCACACAUCAACAGUCUCCAAGAAACAAGAUAGAUGACAAGUGUGUACAAGGUGAAGAAGCCAUCAUGGAUAAUCUUACAACUCUGGAUAGAAAAGCCCUCUUACAGCAGGGUUAUGCAGACAAUACUUACAGGGCACCAUGGAGAACAAGAAAAUCUGAAGCUGAAAUUGUGACUGCACAGAAGAAGAAACAGACUGUUGAAGAACAAGUGAUGAUAGACAACUUAUCUAGGGCUGUAAUCAGUGAUCCAGAACAAAAUUUAAUCAUUGAGAAACAAGAAAGUGCUCAUAUCCUUCCAGAUUCAAAGAUGGCAUCUCUUCGAUUUAGGAAAAGAACACUACAUGAAACAAAGAUAAGAACCCAUUCAACAUUAACUGAAAAUAUGCUUUCUUCUAAAGUACAAUUUGAUGGUAGGAUCAUAUCAAGAAAUGGACGCGAUGCUUGCAGAGAACUGAUUGGGUUCUUUUUUAUUCAUGACCAGUCCCUUACAGUUUAUGAAUACCGGCAGUUUGGGAAAAACAGAACAACUGUUCUUCCUUUUAUUCAAAAACAUGUUUAUAGUCAUCAGCAUGGACGAAGAAAAGGAAAACAAUACCAGCUUGGUGAUUUUUAUAUUAGUUUCCAUGUUCAAGAUUGCAAAACAAUAUAUUUUUAUCACUGUCAACAUGUAAAUUGCAGAACUGAUUCUGUGGAACAUGAGGAUGAUAUAACUAAUCAAGAAACCAAUGACAAGCUGGUCUUAAAGGCCAUUCAAGAUGUGCUAAAAGAACAGUUGUGUAAUAGAGGUGUUCGUAUUUUGACUGGAUUUGGAAAAUACCUUCAACAAAUGGACAAAGAAGGAAAUGGACUUUUAGAUAAAGCAGAUUUAAAGCAAGCUCUAAAAGUAUUUCACUUAGAAGUGUCUGAAAACGAUUUUGAGUCUGCAUGGCUAGUUCUGAAUAGCAACGACAGUGGCAAGGUUGAUUAUGGGGAAUUCAAGCGUGCCAUUAUUGGUGAAAUGAAUGAAUACAGGAAAGCAUUUGUUCGAAAGGCCUUUAUGAAACUGGAUUUCAACAAAACUGGCAGUAUACCUAUUAUAGACAUAAGAAAAUGUUAUUGUGCAAAACAACAUCCUCAAGUAAUUUCAGGCCAUUCCACAGAGGAGGAAAUCAAAUCAUCUUUUUUAGAAACAUUAAAAGAUGCUUGCAGCAAGUCUGAUGAAGUGUCAUAUGGUGAAUUUGAAGACUACUAUGAAGGUCUAAGUAUAGGGAUAGUAGAUGAUGAAGAUUUUGUUAGUAUCUUACGUACUCCAUGGGGGAUUUAGUUUUUUUAACAUAACUAGGGCAUCAACACAAAGCAUUUUAAAGAAGAUAUGAAUGUAAGUAUGAUCAAACACUGGAAUAUAUUUCUCUUGCGCUCCUUUUCUGUUUCUCACUUCUCCUUGAAAAUGCAGAGAGAACUUUAUGGGUUUGUUUCCAAGUUCAUAAUUUUAAAAUAUGUGUGUUAAGAUGACAUAAAUUAGAAAAGAAACAGUGUAAAAGACUGGGUUUUUUUUGUCCUCAAAAAGUUUAGUCUGGAAAGAGAAAUGUUCAGAAAGAUAGAUGUAGAAGGAUGUGUAUGUUCGCAUGAAUGUCCAUAUGUUUGUAAAGAACUUUUUGAUUUAUUAUUUAUCUUGAAUAUAUGUUAAAGGUUAUAUAUUAUAACAUAUAUUAUAAGUUAAUAUAUGUUAAAGGUUAUAUAUUAACCUUUAUAGGAAAGAUGCUCUUUAUCAGUCUAUAUGAGAGACUUAUGUGGUAACCAAGUUUCUUGUUCAUUGCUUUUCUGCUACCCAUUCUCUGAAAUAUAAUUGGCAUCAUUCUCAAUUUAAUAAAUUUGGCCCAAAGCCUAUGAGAUUGAAAUAGCUUAACUUGUUUUCAAACAUAUGAAAAUGGUAAAGUAAGUAAAAGAUAUACAGAAAAAAUUUUCCAUUCAGUGUGAUUAUAGACGUUUUCUUUUGUAACAGAAAUAUUUAGAAUGAUGGAGUCUUAUCCCUAAAAUGCUAAAUUAUAUGCUGUGUUUGUUUAAUAAAGUACAAUGUAAUUAUUCUAAUGAUGAAUUCUGUUCAUUCAAUUAUUCUAUUUUUGUAACUGCAAUUAUUAUUACCUGCACAGAAACAACACAAAAUUCAGGGUGGGGGUGGGAUGGGAGGAGGAAUGUUUUCUUAGAUUUUUAACUAAAGAUCUCAAAAAGUGCAUUAUCACAUAUAUGGAAUAAGAGAUAGUUAGUAAUUCUUAACCAAAAUGCAAACAGAUAUUUUCUGUCCUAAAAUCAAUAUAUGUUAUUCUAAACAUCUUUUUGGUAUAUUAAAAAAUAGAAGCAUUUUCUUCAAAAUAGGUAAUUAUUUAUGUAAUAUGUUGUAAACAUUGUUUUUUGAAAUUUUUUUCUCUGUUUCUCACUUCUCCUUGGAAAUGCAGAGAGAACUUAAUGGGUUUGUUUCCAAGUUCAUAAUUUUAAAAUGUGUGUUAAGAUGACAUAAAUUAGAAAAGAAAUAGUGUUGAGCAAAAUAUAAAGUGGUUCAAAAUGAAACUGUGUACUUUGUAGAAUAUGACUUUUGGUAUAUAACUUUAUUUACCUGUACCCUUGACAAUAUUACCAGAAAUGUGUGUGAAUCCAAUAAAUUCAAAGCACUACUUUUUCAAGAUUUGAGAGGGUACUAAAACUCACUGUGAAAAUGUCAGAAAGAAAGUAUGUAUAAACAGUUUGGUGCAAUUUCCAUUAGCUAAACUCUUUAUUUCUCAGACUUUGUUUCAAUUAGGCUAUUUUAAUUAAAACAAUAUGCUGAAAGACAUUUGGUAGAAAUAAGUCUGUAACACUAUUUCUGAGUCAUAUCUUUUUCUUGGAAAAAUGUAUCCAACUACAGUCAUCUUAACCCUACAAAUUGCCCUCAUGUUAAAAUGACUAAUACUGUGAGCAUCCAGUAUGCAUGCAGUAUUUUUCAUUCAGGAAUUUUUAUUUAAUUUUCCUCAGCAAAUCUGUUCUUAAUAUUGUUAUGUCAUAUUUUCCUGUGAAUAUAAUCAGAAAAUGUAUAGGCUGUCAUAUUGUAAAAUAAAGAGGAAAUUCUUCUGGGAUUUUACAUAUUAACAUGAUAGCAUACUCUUAACUAAACCUCCAGCCUCUUAAUAUAAAUAUUCAUAAGAGGUUACUUGUAGAUUUCUCUAUUUAGGAGAUACAACUUUUUUGUACUUACUUUCUUAUCAUUUUACACUGUUAUUUCCAUGUCAAGUUAGAAAAACAAUAUUUAGUAUGUUUUUUUGGAGCAUUUUGUUAAAUGAUAGUUGGUGAUGCAAUAAAUCAUUCUGUUUUU